CCAACUUCUCCUCCCGGGCAUCUCUCUCCCUCUCUCCUCUCUCCUCUCUCUCCCCUCCUCUUUCUGUCGCCCUUCACGCGCUCGUGCGUCCUCUUUUUCCCUCCUCGCGCGCCUCUGUCUCUCCUGUCCUCGUGCCUCUGAGCGUCAGUCAGCAUGCAGGUGUCUCCGGCUCUGCUCGUCUCCAGCUCGGCUCUGCUGCUGCUGCUGCUGCUGCAGGGAUGCUGCGCCGCCGUCAAAGGAUGGAAGGUACUGAAAAACGACGGCACGGAGAUUUUACCGGAGUUUAGAGAGAAUACCGGGACUCCACGGGAGGCGGUGGUACAGGCGACCAGCAACGGCAACAACAACAGCAACAGCAACAACGGCAACAGUGUGAACAACAGGGCGAAGAACGGCGGGAGGACGGCGAACACGGUCUCAUACAGUGCCUCGGAGCUGAGCUGCAGGGAGCUGCGAUCCACCCGCUACAUCACUGAUGGGUCCUGCCGCAGCGCCAAGCCCGUCAAGGAGUUGGUGUGUUCGGGUCAGUGCAUGCCCUCGCACCUCAUGCCUAACUCCAUCGCACGUGGGAAGUGGUGGAGGAGUAACGCAUCGGACUACCGCUGCAUCCCAGCCCACUCCCGGACACGGCGGGUCCAGCUGCACUGUCCCAACGGGAACACUCGGACUUAUAAAAUCCGUGUGGUCACAUCCUGUAAGUGUAAGCGCUUCAGGCCUCAUCAUAACCAAUCGGUGGCCAAGGAGGUCCCAAAGAGGCCGCGCAACAAGAAGCUGAGUCGAUUGCCUCAAGACCAGAACAAGAACAGCUCUCCUUUGACUGGGAACUCGUACUGAUGCUUCGAUCCGGCAUCCGAGGACUGACACCAAAGCACAUCCACACACAUGCUACACGACACACCAACCAACACGUCUCCUCCAAAUAGGGAGGAGAUGAAAGAGAAAUAUCAAAGAGAGCGGAUUCAUAAGCUAACUGUUGGGCUGGUUUGAAGUCAUCAGUCUUUAUUUUUCAGCCACUUGUCAGCAUAUUUGUGAACUUUGCUUAUUUGCAUGACAGAGCGAGUCGCUGCCAGAGCUUGCCACGGCUUGGACUGUUCAGGAGAUGUAGCAAUGAGUCGGAUAUGAAGAGUAUCCAAAACCUCCCUGACUCUGGUUUUUAUUCUCCACUCUAGCAGAUUUAAUUCGAGCAUAAUGAGAAAUCCUUCCCGAGAUAUCAAAUCCAUCUGUACAAACAUCCAGCGGAUGCAGAACUAACCAGCAUUGUUUAAAGGUGUAUCUGCGCUCCAAAGUGGUUGUAAUCUGCCUCCUCUUGGCGGCGUGGAGGGGAUGGUGGCACCUCCGGGGGCCCUUAAGGUGGGACGUUGACAGGUCUGAGAGGUCCUGGCUUAUUCGCUGGUCCAGGUUGUGCUCUGACAGCCCACUAAAGUUUUCACUCAUCAAGACGGCCACACAACAACCUCCAUAAUUCACAGUUAAAGACUGUUAGGGUAGAAACUUUCCCAUGAGUGGAUUCAGAGAGUCAAGACAAAGAUAUGAGAAAAAAAGCAACUUCACAUGGUCACUGCGGCUAUAAAACUUUUGAUUUUUCAUUACUUUGUGUUUUAAAAUAAUGCAAUAUUUCUUAUUUUAAUGACUGACAAUAUGUUAACAUAGAAACACCAUCUUUACUAGAAAGAUGCAUACGUGAGAAGUUAAUCCAUCAAAAUUUGCAGGCAAACCCCCGAAAAUGGUCUUAUUUGCACAAAGAAGUUUGACGGGGAAUUUGCAUUAAACCAUUUGUAGGAGUUUGCAUGCAACUUUUGGUCCUUAAAAGUCAGAAACAUCCCAAUUUUAGGUGCCUGGUUUUUUUUGCCACGGCUUAAAAUUUUUGUUUGACAUUUCAUUUUACUUUUUUUGUAUCAAAGUUUAAAAUUCUGGUAUUAUAACAUACCUCCGUCACUGAGCAGCAGAAGUGGUAACACUAAACUAAUUCUUUGUGCAAGAGGAAUGAUAGAUAUUUCAGCUAUAAGGACUCUAGAAAUGUGUAUGUUCUUAUUGAACUGUUUAGAUGAAGUGGCAGUGCAAAAACUCAAGCUUCCAGAAGAACUCAAAAUAAUAUAAAGACCACAAAAGAAAAGCUUAAAGAAAGCUGAUUUAAUUUCACCUCAUAUUUGGGAGUCUUUGAAACUUAAAUACCACAGUCUUUGGUUAAUAAGAUGCACCUCUGAUAGAUUUUUUUUGUUUGAAAACUUCCCUGCGUCCUGCAUACCAGUCAGUGCAAGUGGUGCAGAUAGAUUUGAGCCUGCAUCGUGCUUCUCUAGUCCUUUGACACCACCACAAGUGACUCUUAAGACUUAUUUAAGCUCUGCGUUUCAAACACAUAGCUGUGGACAGAGCUCCAGUCCAUAUUCUUAUUUAUUUUGUCUUUUUUCAGCUCAUUUUGUCACAGCUUUCGGAUCAGUUUUGAAAUACCACCAGUAAUUAUGGGUGAAGUGUAGGGCAGUGGUUUUCAACAGGUCUAGAGUCAGGAUCCACUACCACCUCCUAGUCAACCGAUUGCAACCCAGAUUUCUGAAAAUAUUCAAUCAUAACCAAGUGUUUUUGAUGAAAGAUGCUGCAGUUUGCACCCUAAAUGGAAGAAAACAUGAAUAAUAAAAGAGAAAGGGCAAAACAAACAUGUUUAAAAAGUGCAUCAUUAUAAGUGCACAUUUUAUUUUACUCGAUUUUCCUCAGACAGCAUGGAAAUUUGGUUGUUUCUUAAGGAAUUUCCCAAUUAUCUUGGGGGAAACAAUUUUAAAUGGGGGGAAAUAAUAUAAAAAAGGUUGAAACCUGGAGAAAAACACCUACAUUUACUGAUUAUCACUGGAAACCUAAUAAAAUUUAAGGAUGCACUGCAUGUCCACGCUCUUUUAAAGACAUAUUUCUACAUUUUUUUUCUUGCCUCCCAUUCGCCACCCACUGGAUGUGAUCCAUUUACAUUUAUACACAUUCACUUGCCACUGACGCAGCAGUGGGAGAAAACGGGGGUUAAGUCUUGCUCAAGAACACUUUAACAAGAAACAGCAGAAGCUUCAGACUGAACCUCCAACCUUCUGGUUGAAGGAUGGCCGACUCUACCACAGCUGUCCCUUAUAGCAUCAUAAAAUGCUGAGAAAUGAGCUACCAUUGGAUUAAGUUCAGUUGUGAUCAUAGGCCCCUGCAUACAACCUAACUAGAGAUGCACCAGUUGUGGAAAAUAAGGGCUGAUGCUUUUUCUAUAACUUCCCCUAUGCCAACAUUUUCUCUUGCUUGACCAUGAAAGCAAAUUAGUUUGUCCAAGAGGUGAUUCUGCAAUUAGGUUUUUGAUUGAUAUCUGUUCAUGCAACCCAAUAAAGUGGUUGAUGUUAGCUGACAGGACCACUGCUGGCCAAUACCAGACUAAACUGAUGCAUGGGUGCAUCAUUAAAGGGGGCAUAUUAUGCAAAAAUCACUAUCUCAGGCUUUUCUAACAACAAUAUGUGCCCCUGGCCUGUCCACAAUCCCCUCAAGUACCAGAAAAACCCAUUCCCUUCCACCC